UUUUCUUAUUGGGAAUAAAUCUGCCUCUGCUGUAUUUUAACGUCAGUGAUAAUGAUGUUACUUCAAGAGCUCAAUAUCUUCUCAGAUAGUACUUGGUAUAUAAAGUUGGGGAACCACUGCUCCCAUAAAGAGGUAAUGAGCAGCUCACAGUAUCACUCAGCUAAAAUGUUGUUGCUGAUUUUUAUUGACCUUUUUCUUUUUUGAGUCUGCGGAAAGUAAGGCUUGCAAAUGACAAGAUUUUGGGAUUAUAUUGGAUUUGAUUUUGACAGACCAAUACCAAUACGGAGUAUUGUACUGGCUCUUCCGUACUUGGGAAGAUCUCGGGUUCAUAGAGCCUUGAUACACUCACAACAUGAGUUAACGUUGGGUUUAACAGCUGAUGAUUUUAUUUCUUCUCCUCAAUAACUGAUCCUGCAAUACAAUAUAUGAAACAGAAUGAACGAGUACUUUAAAAUACUAAUAAUAUAAAUCCUUUUCCCCCCUGUGCGAAAUCCAAACAUUGAGUUUUUUGUUUUUGAUUCACAUCAAAGAUCAUCUUGAUCAAAGGCUUUCUUCGCAGCUUAAACAACGUGCAACUACAUCUCUAAAUACUGUCCAAAGGCCGUCCCGUCCUGCAUGUUCCCGAACAUGCAUCACCUAAGCAGUGUUUGGACAUUGUCCAUUGUCAUCAGCAUCAGGACAAACGUCACAGCAGUUCAGCGGCAGAGCAGAGAUUGAAGAGCUUUAAUGGCUUUAAAGAUCUUGUAAUAAUGUAAACCCUGCAGUGGAUGUCAAAGCCAUCAAAGAUUUGAUUCUCUGGCUCUAAUCAUGUAUUUGUUGCCUGACCCAGCAAACUCCUGAGACCUCUGCUGCACGAAUACUGUAUCUGCAAACAGUAUACACAGGUUCAGUAGUAGUAGAAUAUUUUAUUGUUAAUUUUGUAAACCAAUAAACAGUUCCUUAUCACAUUCAUCGUAGCCUGAUGAUUGUCCAACGAUUGGUUAUAGCAUUUGACUGCACUUAUGUUUGAAAUAAAUGUGAUUUUUUUAUUCAAGCCUAUUUUUAAUUUCUUAUUCUCUUUUCAGGUAUUUCCACCAGCAUGGAUCUCUUCAAAGAUCUGGAUGGACUAUAAAACUGUGAUGCUUUGCAAGUUUUGCAUGGCUCUUCUGAGAAUUUGCUAACGCCUGGAAUACAAACUUUGCAUAGUUUGAGGAUUGAUUUACAUAGCUGUGGUUUUUGACAAACCGUGGUCCGCUAAAAGUAAUGGAGACAGAAGAGAGGGAGGAUGUGUCACAGAAACAUACAGCCAACAUGAAGGAGGAGGCCAGCGAAGAUGUGACCUCUGGCCACACCUGUGGGGUGUGUGGUCGCAGCUUUCCUCUCCUCAGCUCUCUGUCCCAACACAUGAGGAGACAUACAACAGAGAAGCCUUACAAAUGUCCGUACUGUGAGCACAGGACAGCACAAAAAGGCAGCCUGAAAGCCCACAUCCGAAGCCAUAAACUGGGCCUUUUGGACCAUAAUCCCAGUGUUAAGGAGGAGGAUGGGAAUCAGAAGCAGACCGAGAACACUGAGACUCCAGACCCUGCAGAAAUCACGACAGAAGUCACGACAUCUGAAAAAUCUCCUCAGGUCAAUGGGAAGGUGAAGAAAAAAGCAACCAAGAAAAAAGUUAAGGGGAAAAACAGUGUCAAGACAAAUCAAGAUGGGUCUUUUUCUUGCACGCUUUGUAGCCAGGUUUUCCCGCAGGUACUGCUCCUUAAAUCCCACAUGGAAAAGCACCGGAGCUCACAGGAUCACGGUUGUCGGCUGUGCGGACGCCGCUUCCGCGAGCCAUGGUUCCUCCAAAGUCAUAUGCGCACUCAUCGGGUCAAAGACCAGUUGCCGGGCAGAAGCAACGAGCCACCCGCCACAAUCAAUGAAGUUCCCCAGGACCCAGCAACCCUGAUACAUAACGAGUGCCUCUAUGAGCUCUGUGCUGGCUGUGGUUACUUCUUCUCUGACCGGGAGACCUUACGAACACACGAGAAGCUUCAUAAAAAGAACCACCGCCACACUCCAACACCACGAGAUAGUGAGGCCUCUGAGCAGGAGAUCGCCAAGAGGUAUUUUAUGCAAAGUCUGAGCCUCACACACGCUGGUGCUAAGGAUCCCUCAGAGGAAAAACGCCUGGGCUUGAGAAUCCCACAGCUGGAUCCAGUUUGUAGUUACCAGGCGUGGCAGUUGGCCACAAGGGGACGAUUAGUGGAGGCCACAGAGAAACGGGAGGAGAGAGGAGCUGAUGCUAAGUUGCCACAUGACACAGACAAGGGUGAGAAUGUUCCCCUGAAGCAAAAGAAGAAGAGAGAGCGAAUCAACACCUCCUGUUCUAAUGUUAAGAGGAAGAAGGUGGACGCAGUCCCUGAUCCCACGUCACCCCCCUUGGCCCACACUAAAGGUGGAGACAAGAAGAAUUGCCACAAGGAUCGAAGCCUGUUCAACGGACUUGGUCAUGCAUUCUAUGAAGCACUGCAAAAUAAGACACCUAAACCAUGCAACAGUAUCAGGAGCCAAGACCAGGAGGAUAAAAAACCCUACAUCUGCAAACACUGUGAUUUCCACACCGUCGAUGCAUCACAACUCAGGUCCCACCUGCACAAGGACCACCAGGACCUCCUGGAGUCCCACAGCAGACACAGCACCAUUUUGGACAUUAUAAGCCAGAGUGGUCCCAAAACCUCAAGACAUCCUCAAAAUGUUCCAGAGGUCAAAAGGCCAGGACAGACCUGUGAUGACGCCGUCAGCCUUCUCAAUCUGUCUGCUUUACCUGCUCAUGAAGGAGACAGUACGGUUGAUUUUUCAGUUAAAACUGAGGGCAUUGUGAGACAACAGUGUCCAUACUGUUCACAUACCACCAACUACCCAGAGGUACUUUGGAUCCAUCAGCGUGUGGCGCACCGCGUGGAUGGCAGCAGCUCUAUGGCACCUAAGUGGGCACCGUGCACUAACAGUCUCAAGAUCCUAAAGGCAGGCACCUCUCAGUGGAGACGCACAGGGCCGCCACCCUUCCUUGAAGGCAAAGACUGUCCAGCUUUACCUGCUCCUAGAAGUCAACGCACACAAGCCCCGGACGUCUCAACCCCAAACCCCUCGGCAAGAACCCAGUCUCAGUCCAAAACCCACUCACAUGUCCCCAAGUCCAAGCACUCCUCAAAGGACUCGCACUCCUCAGAUGGGACACACUCGAGUGCGAGGAUGGGACUCCUACCUCAAAAGAAGUCUGCUGGACACAAUAGGGUAGUGGAGGGGGGCAGUAAAAAUCCCAGUCCCCAGGCUACUUCCUCGAGCAGUAUUGUGCACAGCAAGAGUGACUCUAGUUUCCAGCCAAGCAGCAGCCCCAAACACAGAGGCCACAGAGCCGCCAUGGAGGGAAACUUCCCCCAAGAGGGUUUGGGUUUUAUGUUGGCCCGGAGUUACGAUAGGCCUUUGUCUAACCCAGCUGCAGAGAGACUCCGUCCUCGCAGGCAUUCAUAUGACUCCUCUUCAGGUCUCAAGGGCCCCGAUCUGUGGGCUCCCAUGAACACGUGGGGGCUGCAAGGGAGCAAAGCAUAUUUUGAACCACUCCUUUUUGCUCAGGGAAAAAGUGAGUCAGCAGGAGAAAUGCCAAUGGACGUUGAUAUUCUGAGUCUCCUGAAGAAUUACAAUCCCCACGACUUGGCUGCUCUCUAUCAGCACUGGGGCUUCAUCGACCCCAGGAUUGAACCACAAGCAAUGUUGCAGUUAAAUGGAUAUUUUGAAAACCAUUCCUCCUCUGAAGCUUCCAAACAAACAAACAGCCGCUCCACUUCAUCCUCAGGGUCUCUUCAUAAAGAAACGUGAAGAAAAAAAAAGGAACCAGCCAUAACUUGUAAAGAAACAGGCCUCGGGAUAGUAAAGCAGUAUGUAACUGCAUGUAAAGCAGUGAGUUGCACUGGUUGCUUUAUUUGAAGUGUUAAGCAUGCUGUUAUUUUUAUUUAUGUUGAAGUUAUUGAGACACAUGGAUACAUGGAUACACAUGGACUGAGACGUUGUAUGGGUCAACAUCUCAGAAUGGAAAUGAAUUGAGAAGCUCGAGUUUAAAAGGACAAAAGAAUCUUCUAUAAAGUACUCAGACAUUUGAUGGAGAAAAUAAUCCAAUAAAGUAAUAGAAAAAUGUACAAAUACAGAUGCCACUAAAGCAUUCAGAAUCAAAUGUAAGCUAUGCCAAGAAUCCUUCACCUCACUUAACUAUCUAUGCACAUUCAGGCGUUCACUUUGAUGACCAUGAUGGAGCCUAUGAGCUUUUUUAUUUUUUUUUGGAUUCAGGACUAUUGCUACAGGGCAGUCAAAUAAUAACAAUAAUAAUAAUAAUGUCAGUUUACACUUUCUUUUCAGUUCUAGUGAACCUCAACAGAAGAUUGUCUUUGUCCCAUGACACAGGCAGCAGCUUCAUUAGAGCUUAAACAGACCAGAGUCCAGGCGCCAACACUGUUAGUUCACCGUCCCACACGGUAAAUAUUAUAACAAUGAAUGCUGUGCAACAAUCUGAUGUCAUGAAGUGGCUUUAAUUAAAGAAAAAAAGCAAGAAAGGCCAUUUAAUGUCUCUACAAAAUCACUAAGAUGAUCAUUAUUCACCUUAUUUUGGACACAUCUGCCAUAAUAACAACAAACCACUGUCAGUAAACUAUUAACAGGCUGGGUAGAAGGGGACCCUCUUUAAAAGGCACAAUGGUUUUUAUUAUUUAACUUCAAUUGUGCUAGUGUGUCGUGGCACAACAACAUUGAAAAGCAGUGCUCUGCUUCAAUUUACCGUUCAUCUCAGAUCAGGAACACGGUGUAAACACCCGCACUCGUUCUAUAUUGUGCGAGUAAAGUAGCAGUUGAAUUCUGUCACGUUUGUUUAUAGCUAGAAGUUGUAGCUCAUAUUUCAGGGAUGUGGUGCGGACUCACAUCUGCCACUGAGCGACUGAAAGCAGGUCUAAAGACUGUAAAAUAUUUGUUGUUGACUUUUUUCAAAAUUGACCUCAUUCUUAUUUUGUUUUCCUGUGUUUUCCGUUUGUCGUAUGUUCCCGUUCAUGCUAUUUAAUUCCAUUGAUUCUGUGUAUUCAUCUUCCAUAGAGGAAUGGUCUAUGCAUUUGACAGAAAGCCAUCAAGUUGUAUAGAUUCUUGGGAGAUCUUGCGAAUACAUAAUUUAUUAUUGGAGUAUUAAAGCUGACAUUAUUUAAUGAGAUUGUUUUGUUUGCUAAGAGUGAUAUUUAACACUCCCCAAGUACUUGAUAUUUGUAGUAACAACAGAAAAUGUUCUGUCGGUGACUCACUGAAGUUGAGGUCAGAGUUCAGGGUCGGCAGUGAGACUCGAUCCUGCAGCAGGUUUUGUUGAGCCUUUAAUCUUUUAUUUUGAAACUGUUGUUUGUAAAAAAAAAAAAUUAAAAGAAGCCAGUUUGGCGGGAGACUGUGAGACAGUGAUGUUUUGUGAAAGCCUGAAGCUUCUUUUUGUGUGACUGUAAACAUGUUUUAUGGAUAAAUAAUAAAUAUGUUGGCAUUAGAAUUUCUAUUUUCACCACUUCUACAUCUGUAAAGUUAUUCAAAUAAAGUUGGUUAAUUCUG